AUGGCACGGCAACCAGGGUUUGGAGUCAGAGCGGGACUGGCUGUCGGCCUACCGGGCAAAGCCGGCGCAGUCGACUUUUUGGCAAAAUACUGUAUCUUCAGUCAGGAGAAACUGGAAGACUACAGGAGAGCUUUUGAUGAAGAGGACAGUGAUGGUGACGGCUACAUCUCCUGCCUUCAGGCUCUGCUUGCUCUUAAAAACAUCAUCCCUCCAGAGUUGCUGUCUGACGAAGAAGAGAUCUACAUCUGCAGGAUCCUGGAGAUGGUGGACUUCAGAGUGACAGAUGGGCUCGUGGACCUGAGGCUCUUUUCCGUCAUUGCGAGCCUGGCACAGAAAAUAGCCACCAUGGAUGAGUUUAUGCGAUCGCUCAUCGGCAGCAUGGACUUUCACUCUCUUGAAGUGAGGCUCUUCAAAGCAAAGCGGCUGUUCCUGUUCCUCCUGGAGGAGCAGCGAGGAGACGCCGGAGCUCAGCAGGGAUUCAUCAGUGCAGAGCAGCUGCUUCUGGAGCUGAAGGCCGGCGGGAUCCAUCUCGAGCAGGAGCCGGCCAUCACGCUGCAGCUGCAACACUUUGCCCCUCUGGACCUGCUGGACUUUCUGGCCUACCUGCCCCUCUUCAUGCUCAUUCACAAGUCGGUCAUCUCCAACCCCCUGGACGACUCCAGCAACCUCUGACCCCAGUCACGGCUCGGUCUGCCCUGCGAGGCUCAGGUAUCAGCACCACCACCAUCACACACACACACACUGCUGAGGGCUUGAAUAAAAAAGAUGCACAGGAAACAGAGGAGCUUCGAUUCCGAGUCACACCAGCAUUUGCAGUUUGUUCACAGCAACGGAAACACUGCUCAUUCACUUUGAGUAUCGAGCCAUAUUGUGGUUGUGGUUCAAUCCAAUCUUGUUUUCCCUUCCAUCAAACAUUCCUGACAGGGAAAUGUACGUAAACAGCCUCUCCACUAUCACUAGUUCUGUGAGGACGGAUCAUAUGACAUGGAGCUCAGCUGAACCUCCUGGACUUGUAAAGUGCUGUCUAUGGUCCUGAAAUGUUCUGCAGCUGUGGAUGUUCUUCCACGAGAGUUCACUGUGCAGAGACUGAAGAUCCAUUAUUCUGGCUGAAUGAGCCAAAGACAAACUCUCAAACAUCUUUAGAAAACUGCUGCUGCUCAACAUCAUCAUGUGAAUAUGCUGCUGCAACCACAGCCCAUCGUUCUGGGUUUAAUAAACGAUUGAGCAGAGACCGUUCUCUCCUCCUCCAUCCAGUCCUAUCACGGCUCAUGAUUGAUGUUCAAUCAGAUAUUCCACUAAUAUAGUUUUAGCCAUUGUUUUGCCCCAGCUUUUCUAAUUAGACAUGGCCACGCCCUCCUGUGGUUCAUACACACUGGACAGAACGCCACACAGGGAAACAUAAUGGACUCUGACAGGCAGCGAAGCAGGACUGUGAGAUCAGGGACGUCCCAACGACAUCAAAAUAUUUUUUAGACCUGCGGUGUUCAUCUUCCUAGUUUGAGUUUUUUUUCCUCUCAGCUGUCACGUCAUCGUUAUCUUACGUUGACCUUUACAAAUUCAGUGAUUGAAACAGAACCCAGACGAGAACCUGACGAGGUUGUUUAUGUGUAGAAAGGUUGCUCCUCUAAUUCCUUUUUUUAAUUCAACUCCAUCUCAGUUCUGUUGACGUUGAUGCAUCUGCAGUGUUGUGAGACAUUUUGGUCGUGACGUCUGCAAAAGGUAGAAAUAUCAAAUAUCAUAUCUGUGUUGGGAACAUGGACAUACUGUAGUUUGUGUUGUAUAAUGUGAGACACGUUUGUGUAUUUAUACAUUUCCUCUCUAUUGUUGACUUUUACGUGAAACCAUCUGUUAACUUUGGAACCUCAAAUUACUCAGAUUAUUGUUCGACACUGCUGACACGUGAUG